UCUCUGUUUAGAAGGGACUAGGAGCCGGUUAGAAGAGAAAGUCGGACGGUCUGAUUGCUGGCAAAGGGGUUGGAAAACUUUGGCGGAACAUGUCUAAUGAGAUUGAUUUCAGGUCCGUGUGCCUCCUGAAGAAUGAUGGGAUGGGCUUCCAGAAAUGCCCCUAUGUGAACGAAGAUGAAGCUUGGAAGACCUACCUGGAGAACCCCCUGACAGCAGCCACCAAGGCUAUGAUGAGGGUUAACGGAGAUGACGACAGUGUGGCUGCCCUGAGUCUCCUCUAUGACUAUUACAUGGAAAAGAGGGUCCUUCCACCUGGAACAACAGGACGCAGUGAACUCAGCAAAAGGCACUGCCACGGAAUGGACUAUGAGCCAGACAUUUCCUCCUUUGAAAGCUCUGCUCAUCUCAUGAAGCUCCUGGCCGAAAACGUUUCCAUGAACCAAGAGUAUUCCGACCUGCCCAAGAAGAAUGGCUUAAGUUUGGAGGGCAUCCCUUCGCCUCACAAGCCACCCGCCCUGCCUCCCGGCACCAGCAAACUGGAGACCAAUCCUGAGAACUAUAUGAUAACGCCGGGGGACAUGUAUGACAACGGCUCGCUCAAUUCCCUCUUUGAUUCGAUCCAUGUGGCUCCACCACAGCAGAGGUGGCAGCCGGACAGCACAUUCAAGGAAGACCCUCAAGAGUCACUGAUCUUCACUGAUAUCCUGAAGUCCCAGACGGAAGCACCGUGUUCGGAGGGCUAUUCUGUCAAUGACGCCAAGAGUGACUUUGAAUACACGUUGGGAUCCCCUAAAGCUAUUCACAUCAAAUCAGGAGAUUCACCCAUGGCCUACCUCAACAAAGGACAGUUCUACCCAGUCACGCUGAGGACCGUCGGAGACGCCAAAUGUUUACACUUGACCUCAAAUAAAGUGAAGAGUGUUGUGAUGGUAGUUUUUGACAAUGAAAAGAUUCCAAUGGAGCAGCUGAAGUUCUGGAAGCACUGGCACUCCCGCCAACCCACAGCCAAGCAGAGGGUCAUCGAUGUUGCUGACUGUAAAGAAAAUUUCAACACCGUGCAGCAUAUCGAGGAGGUGGCUUACAACGCCUUGUCUUUUGUCUGGAACAUUGCUGAGGAAGCAAAGGUGUUUAUUGGAGUGAACUGCUUGAGCACAGACUUCUCCUCCCAGAAGGGUGUGAAGGGCGUCCCUUUGAAUCUCCAAAUAGAUACUUACGACUUCAGCACUGGGACAAACCGGCUUGUCCACCGAGCUGUCUGUCAGAUCAAAAUAUUCUGCGAUAAGGGAGCAGAGAGGAAGAUGCGAGAUGAUGAACGCAAGCAGUUCAGGAGGAAGGGGAAAUGCCUGGACGCCAAUAAUAACGGUCUGAAAAGCUGUUUGGUUUCAGGCUUCAGAGGCAACGAAAUCACAUACCUCAAGCCAGAGGCUGACUUGGAAACGCAGCCUGUCCUGUUUAUUCCAAACGUCCAUUUCUCAAACCUCCAGAGAUGUGGAACGGUGUUACCCACUGCUGGUGUUCCACAUGACCCUAGCAGGUUGCCUUUAAAGCGGAGCUGCCCUUCUUUCCCUGAUGGAUUUGAUUCCUUAGCAUCAAAACAAGCCAAAGGAGAGGACCCCCAAAGAGUCUUGCUCUACGUGCGGAGGGAAUCGGAGGAGGUUUUCGACGCGCUCAUGCUGAAGACGCCAGACCUCAAAGGCCUGAGGAAUGCGAUUUCAGAAAAAUACGGUCUGCCUGAAGAAAGCAUCUAUAAAGUCUAUAAAAAAUGCAAACGAGGGAUCCUGGUGAACAUGGACAACAACAUCAUUCAGCACUAUAGCAACCACAUGGCUUUUUUGCUUGACGUGGCAGAAGCCGAGGACAAGUUCCAGGUGACCCUCAAGGAGCUCUGAAGACUCGAAAAGGCUGCACUUCUGCUGGGAGGUCUCUUGUGAAGCUGAGGAGUUCAACCCCACUCCAAGCCAGAACCCAUCGGCUUGGAGCAUUUGACUCGGAUGCAAACCUCUUUCGGAGGGGAAAGAGCAAGAGAGAGACGAUAGCAUAGCUCCACUUGUGAAGAGUGCACGGAAGGCCCGUUCUCAGCGUGGAUGUGGAACUUCUGUCCGUUGAGUUGUCGUUGUUGUUAUUAUUAUAUUAUUAAUAAUAUUUUAUACUUUUAUUAUUAUUAUUAUUAUUAUUAUCCUCUGCCAGGCAAGGAAUUAUUUUUCACGGUUUCACACUCAGGAAAGCAUUGAGUUCUGUCAGGCGGGACCCCAUGUAGGGGAACGUCCCAGAAACGGUUGUAGGUU